GGAGUAAGCCACGGAUUGACCCAGCAGCACACCAGGCUUGGCAGCAGCGCAGGCAACGAGAGCGAGGACGACAACGGCCUAGGAUAGAGUGAGGACUUUCGUUAGAGAAUCGCUGGUUUUGCAACAGGAUUUGCAUUCAACUUACGUAUUUGAACAUGUUGAGGAUUUGUGGGUAGUUCUGCUUGUAAGCUGGAGACUGUUUGAUGUCCAACUGCAGUUGGCGUUGACUAUUUAUACCCUAAGAUAGUCUUCAACCUACCACAAUAGUGACUCAGCUAGCCCGCAAAUAACUGAAGUUGCCUUAAGGUCAAAUUGGGCUUGGAGUUGGGCUGGGGUAUAAAUAGUGGGCAGAAAAUCGUUAAGCGGCAUCAGACAAGUUCAAGAGUUCUCGAACACAACAAUUAACAAAAUGUUCAAAUUCACUAUUGCCAUCAUCUUCGCUUUCAUUGCCUGCGCUGCUGCCAAGCCAGGUCUGCUGCUGGGUCAAUCUGUAGCUUACUCCGCUCCGCUUGUGGCCGCUGCUCCUGCUCCCUAUGUGACUGCCACCAGUAGCCAGGUGUUUGCCCGGAACUAUAAUGGCAUUGCCGCUGCUCCAGUGAUCGCUCCUGUGGCCGCUCCAGUUCUUGCGAGAUACGCCGCUGCUCCCUUGGCGGCUCCUCUGGCUUAUCACGCGGCGCCUUUGGCCUACUCCGCACCACUACUGGUGUAA